CCAAAGGUAGUUUUGCUCAAUCAUCGAUUCGUAAGCGAGUUGCUCCUACCUCCACUUCUGAAUUACGUGAAGAAGCAGUUGCGUCAGGUGAGAUGAACUCCGAAGCACCUGUGUUGAAGAAGUCAAAAGGAUCAGAGUCCCCAGAAGAGAGUACAGAAGAACAACCUGCUGCAACUCUGGAAUUUACUGGCAGUCAGCCUAUCACUGAAGAAUUAUUUGAUAGUAGUGAGUUGCCAGAAGGCCAAAAUGAGGAAGUCAGUGAAGCUCAAACUGAAGAUGGUGAAAUUGCUGUUGGGAAGGAUGACGAAUCUGAAGAUCCACAACCGUUGGAUGGUACGAGUCAAGAGGAAUUCCAAGGUGACAGGACUGGAAAUUUAGAAGAGAAUGCAGAUCAAGCAAUUGAUACAAAAAUGCUAUCGGAUGAGAUUCCAAGUGAACACACCGAGUCAGACAACCAGCAGUCAACAUUGGCACCAAGUAGUGAAAGAGAAGAGGGAGAAUUGUUGCCAGAUAAUGUAGAUGUUGAGGGUGAGUUGUCAAACAUGGUGGAAAAUCAAGAAUCUAGGGAAGGUCAAUCUGAGUCUGCUGCAACACCUGAACGUUCCCCAGCCAGGGUUGAUGAUGAAGAUUUGGAGGCCGGUGAGAUAAAUUCUCCUGAGCUUUCAAGUGAUGAUAAGAAUGAUGAGAGUGAGUUGGUUGAGGAGGCUGGUGAUGGUGCCGACAAGUUAAUUGACGUUAACGAACCAAUAUCAGUUGAGAGCAAUCAAGUGGCUGUUGUUGCGAGUGAGGGUGCUACUUUGACAAGUGCUGCAGAAAGUAGUUCUUCUAAAGUGAACUUACCUGUUCCAAAGCCCAAUGAAACAGAAGAGGCAAAGCAGGCAUCACCCAUUAGCAGUACUUCAACGACCAUCAAUUUGUCAGAGAGAGCUCGAGAAAGGUCUCAAAUGAGACAGGCUGGGUUGGUUCCUUCCCUUCCUAGACCUCGUGGAAGACUUGGUAAUCCUCCCCGUGGUCGGGUUGCUCGUGGUGGUCGAGGAGGAGGCCGCAGACCUCAUCCACCCGCUCCUGGUCCAGAAUCAUGAACAACAAAUUGUGUGGCAGACGGUUAAUAAAGUUAUUUUACUUGACUAGACUUGUUGUAAACUUGUCUCCCUUGAUACUGACAAUGACAGUAUAGACUAGUGAGUACUGAGUAGGUGUAAAUGGGCGACCAGUAAUCGUCGUGUAAAUACAAUUUUGCUUUGCACUCGUUUCUCCUGCCUAACUAAUUUUGACUACGUUAUCAUCAUGCGGGAAUGGUCAUUUUAUUUAACAUUCA